AUCAAUCGGUUACAAUCGUUGUUUCAAUUAAUUUAAAAGUUGUACAAUUUUUCUUUUUGCUUGACAUAUUUGUUUAAAGUUUGAAUAAUGUUAAAAACUCUAUUGGAACUCGCACCCCCUACGUUUAUGCGCCAUUUUCUUCAAAUACACGUACAUUUACCGUAAAGAAAGUUCCUGGUUCGCUAAAGUGCUUCGUCGUUCUAUAGACCUAUCGUUAUCAGUGAUUUUUAAAAUAUCCUUGCAAAAAAGAUGCCCAAGUCGAAAAGAGAUAAGAAAAUAUCUCUUACGAAAACAAAUAAGAAAGGCCUUGCUUUGAAACAACAAAUCGUGGAGGAUGUUAGAAGUUGCGUUGAGAAAUAUGACAGGAUAUUUCUUCUAUCUGUACAUAAUAUGCGCAAUAACAAACUUAAAGAUUUACGAUCGGAAUGGAAAGACAGUCGGUUUUUUUUUGGUAAAAACAAGGUGAUAGCGCUAGCUUUCGGUAAAUUACCGGAAACCGAAGCUGCGGAAGGUCUUCAUAAAUUAUCAUUAGCAUUAAGAGGACAAUGCGGUCUGCUAUUUACAAACAGGAGUAAGAAAGAGGUAUUGAAAUGGAUGGAAGAAUAUGAAGAAAUAGAUUAUGCUAGAUCUGGAUUUGUUGCUCAAGAAACUAUAGUGUUACGUGAAGGGCCAAUGCCAGAGUUUUCACAUAGUAUAGAACCUCAUUUCAGACAAUUGGGAAUGCCCACAGCUUUACAGAAGGGUGUGGUAACAUUAAUCAAGGACUACAUUGUAUGUAAAGAGGGUCAAACGUUAAAUCCAGAACAAGCGAGGAUUUUGAAAUUACUUGAUAAACCAUUGGCUACCUUUAAAUUUAUACCAUUAGGUAUAUUUUCCAAGAAACAUGGAUAUAAAGAACUUAUAUCUCAACAUGAUGUUAAAGAAAAUAUGGAAGAACAAAUGGACAUAGAGGAAACAGAAAAUAUUGAUAAUACAUGAGAUAGAUACAACAGACAAAUUUAUAUAUACUAAAACGCGUUGGCCAAGCAGAACUUCGAUAAAUGAAAUGUAAUAUGGACAUGCAGAAUUUCUAUCAUUGACGACGUGCUUCCAUUAAUGUAAUUUGGCUGUGAAAAGAAUAAACCUAUAAAACUUGAACUAUUUAACAAAACGAUUAGUUUUUUAUUACUUUGUUAUUUAUUUAUUUUAAAAGCUACAAGAUAUAUAUCAUUGUUACAUAUGUAUUUAUGUUUAGUUGCAGAAUACUGAGCAAUAUCAAAUAAAUUACAUGGGAACUUUGAAAUUACAUAAUACGAGACACAUCACAAAACAUGUGACAAAAUCUACUGAAUUUUAUAACCUAUUUGAAAGAAUUAGAUCAUUAUGUGAUGAUAUUAUAUUAACUAUAACGAUAAAAAUAACGUAAUAUGCAAAUAUAUAGCAACAUACAUUAAUAUGGCAUAUUCUAUAAAACAAGAUAUUUUAUCCAAUGAGUAGCAGUAUCCUAUAAAAUUUUAUUCAUUACGUAGAAACAGGAUCUAGUGUAAAAUUGCUUUUAUUUUAUAAGUAUUCGCGUCUAGUUAAGCAAUAUUCAUAUUAGUUGCAGGAAUAAGCAUUCGAAAUUUAAUUUUGUAAUUAAAUUAUUGCUAGGGAAUGCUUUCAAUAACUAAUAAUUUAUGUAUAUUCAUUGAGUAUGAAUUCAAACAUAACUUCUAACUUUUUUUAUGUUUAUUAUAAAUAUUAUGUAAUACCUAUGAGACAUUGCUGAUAUUAUGUAUAUUUAUGACAAAAAACAUACACACAAGUAAUAAUAAAAUAAAAUUGAUAGAAAAUCAUAAAUUUAAAAUAAAAUUUAAAUUUAUUUGUACUCUCUAAAAGUAAAUAAGCUCAAGAGAAGCAAUAAAAUAAUACCAAAAAUUAAAUACAUUUGAUUUCGUAUAUAUAUAUAUCAUACCAAAAUAAUAACAUAGUAACAAAAUAGUAAUAAUAAUAAACUUAAUAACAAUCAAUAUACAUUGCUUUGCUAUUACAAAGUGAUAGCAAACUUAUGAUAAAGACUUGUAAAUGGUACAGAAAAAAUAUUGUCAUUUCCUGUAUUACAUUUUUCUUAUAGUUCAUUCUCCUUUUUUCGUGUUUCCUUCCUUUUUUUUCUGAGGAAUAGUUCAUAACCAACCAGGAAAUGUUUUUGCGUUAAACUAAAUGUCAUUAAAAUACAAUACUGCACCGUCAAGUAAUUUGCAUCUACUAGCACUAUCAUUGUGUGGUUAGCGUCAGGAUAUCGAUCUUCUUUACUAUAACUGUUUCAAAUAAUAUAUCUCUAACAUCAUAUUCUAAUAGUACACAUUUAAAAUACGAAAUAUAUUCUAAACUGAAAAUAUUUUCGGUUCUAUUUUCUUUGGUGGAACGCAAUUAUAUUCUUGCAUGUUACUGACAAUAGUUAAGAAAUAUUAAGAUCAUCACUUUCUCUCAUGUUAUUAUGGUACUUUCAUUAACAGAAAACGGCAAUCUAUACUACUUUACUAACAUCCUUUAUACUUAACUAUCUUUAGAUGAUACGUUUUGAAAGACAUAGGCAUAGAAUAUGUUACUAUCAAGAAAAGAAGAAAAGAAGAAAAAGAACAAAAUUUCAACAACACGUUUACGUUAUAAAAUAGAACUUGUACAUAGUUUGAAGAAACAAUAACUUCGUAUAUGAAACUAUAUAGAAACAUCAGAUAGAAACAUUUCUCAUUGUUAGUGCAAAUAACGAAUUCACUUUUAUACACUGUUAUCGUCCUGACCCCGUUAGUAAGUUGUUCGAAUUAUAUCACAAUACACAAAUGAUUACGUUCUAGAAUAUGGCAAUUUCACAGCACAUUAAUUUAACAGAGAUCUCAUAUAAAAAUAAAUAAGAAUUAAUUUAACGAAAUGUUCGAUAAAUAUAUUAGCUGAAGUAAUAUAUAAAUAUCUAAAUAAUAUUAUAAUACACUAGAUUUUUAUAUGCUAGAAUAGUUACGGUUAAACGUUUCUAAAAGCCAGAAAUUUUUUGUGAAAUUAAACGAGAUGUAUAUUGGAAAAAAUAGUAGUAGUGGUACGAAUUACAUUAUACUGUUUUCUGUUAAUAAUAAACGGAACUUUCUAGCAUGAUAUAUAUAAACGCAUUAAUAAAUCAUUUUAUACACAGGUUUAUCACCACAUCGAAAUUACUCAUCGGUAUCAUAAAUGUUUUCAACUAUCGACCAGCAACAUAAUGUAUAUUUAGUGGAAUAAUCUACGGAUUAUCUGAAGCACAGCGUGUAAGCGAUCUGCUUUGAACUCUUCUUGAAGCGUAUUAUGACGUGAUGAGUCCUUUAAUUAUGUAUAUUGAAGCACUCAUAUCGUGCUCUCUAAAUGAUAAUUUUGCUAUAAAUUAUAUUGAAAACUAAUUUAAUGUCUUUGAUAACUGACAACAUAGUCCUAUUACACUAUGAGAAUUGGAAUGUGUUUAAAUUCAAUUGUAAAAGACAGAUUACCUUUCUUACACACUGAUCCACGUAUCAUUUAUAAAUGAUGAUAAAUUACUUUUAUACGUAUUUAGUGUUCCUUAGAAUCUUGCGUUCGACAAACAAAACAUGACUACUAAAGCCUACAUUACGGUGUAAAUCUACUUCCGAGUCUCAU